CCUCCCCCCUGUGAGGUAUGACGAGGCAGCGCUCCAGGCUCCCGCUAUAAAAGAUCCGGCCACUGAGGUGCUGGCAUCAGUCACUGACCACAGCACUCAGCAUCAUGCACUUUGUGAUCAUCGCCCUCCUGGCCUCCGUGGCUCUCGCCGCCCCCACAUAUGACUCUUCCUCCAGCGAGAAGGAGGCGCCCAUCCUGAAGUACGACCGCAUCCAAGAGGACGACGGCAGGUACAACUAUGAGUUCGAGACUGGGAACGGCAUCAGCCACUCCCAGUCCGGCUCACCGGGAGACGACACCGGCGCCAUCAACAAAGCCGGACAUUACUCGUACACUGCUCCUGACGGCACCGUGGUGGAAAUGAAGUUCGUGGCCAACGAGAAUGGUUUCCAACCCGAAUCUCCUCUGCUCCCCGUGGCCCCCGAGUUCCCUCACCCCAUCCCCCAGUUCGUGCUGGACCAGAUCGCCUUUGCAGCUGAGCAGGACGCCGCCCGCGCCCGCGGUGAGCUCAGCAGCGAGGAGGGCGCCUACAGUUACAACUAAUCUUCCAGCCGCUAAUUAGGUGACUCCUGCCGGCGCUGAUAAUCUUGGAGUGUGUCAGUCAUAUUUAUUUAUACGGAUGAGUGAGGGAUGGUCUGCGUGCUGGGCAAAUAUAAGCAUGAAUUUCAA